AUGUUUCAGAAUUUGUGCAAGACUUACAUAAUAUCAAUUUUGCUUCUUCAAUGUCGGUGUGGUAGUAUUGACGCGACUUUGACUCCUUUAAUUCAACCAGUUGUGAAGCUCGUCUUUAUCUCCGAGGAAAUUCAACGAUACGAUCUGAAUUCAACUUGUGAGCAGAUACUUCAGCGCUACAAAGAUGUCUCGUCUGUUCUGAGUUUGCAAGGAACGGCAAUAGAGUGGAAGCAAAAAGAAACGCCGCAUUCAUUGUGGCGAAAAAUUCUAGAGCACAUAAUCGAACACAAUGCUAGUGUCGUGAUAAGCUUUCUACCGCCAAAGAAAAAUUAUGUACUUGUGGACCUACUGAGUAAGAGUGAUAUUCCGAUAAUUGGGCUUCAAAGUUUAACAGAAGAAUUCUACAAGACCUAUCAGGUAAGGAAGCAAACAGUUGCACAAAACAUGUUUUGUUUUCACAUUCUCUUUCAAAUUAUAGGCACCUAAAUGACAAUAAUCCCCCCUAUCAAUAUUUGGCGGGGCCCAGGAAGAAGCCGUUAGUAAUGCUUGGAUGAUUCGUUAAACCAAAGUUCUAUUCGAAGGCCAGUUUGUCCAGAUCUCAAUAAGAGACGCUUCAGUUACGAUAUGCCAUUGAAUUUUUUUUUCUACCACUUAAACGACUUUUCAAAAUUCCUCGUUAUAACAAACACUUUCAAAUUACAGGUAUAGUUUAUAUUAAUUUUAAUCAGGAUUAAAGCUUGCUUCAACCAAGCGGCUUUAAUUGGUGUAUGCGCCUAAUUUUUUUCAAGGAGAAAUUUGAAGUGGAUUCCUGUUUUCACGCGUUUUAUAAUGAUUUCGAGACAUUUCUCGCUACAGCUUUCACAAACUGGCCUAAAAAAAAAUGAAUUGAUGUUUUUAAGUCUCCCACGGCGAAACAGCAAGUAAGUUUAUGUGGCAUACCUGAGAGAGUUUCGGAAAUUUGCAUUUAAGUCGGAUGGAAUAAAUAGGACGUAAAUAAACAACACAUAUUAAAACGGAUGCGUUUCUCAAGAAAACACUCACUAACGCAAACAACCAGCAAUAAAUGACAUUGGAACACAUUAACGACUAGACUUUAAAUAGAGUAAUAAAGCUGCUUUAAAAUAUUACGUCAUCUAAAGCUGAAUUUGACAAAAGAAUCUGCUAAUAAUACAUGAAGGUACUUGACGGCAAUUCUUCAUCAUUCUGCCUUGCAAACAUGAUAAAUUAUCCCAAAUCCUUCAAGUACAAGACCUUAAACAGAGGCAUCAAUAUACUGUUUGCAAGCAAUGAAACAAUAAUUUCGCUAGACACCCAUUAGAAACACAUGAUGGUAACAAGCUUUACUCAUGUAGAUGCAAUUUAUUCGGUGAACCAUUUUCGGCGUUUUUAUCUCCGUGUUUCGCAACUUUUUACCCGUUUAAUAAUUUAAAAAAACCGUACUGAAAAGGCAAAACUUAGCAGAAUGCCCUGUUAUCGCGUUUAGACGGGAAUCCAAACCACAUUCGAAAAGGAAGGAUACCUCCUGAGCAGGGAUAAGUUAUAAAAUCAGCUUUUACGCCGGAGUAAGACCGUAAUUUUGUGCUACUUGCCUCACGCCUUUUUGACCGAAGAGUUAUAAAUAUUUAAUCGAACUUUAAGACGUAAUCAUUCAUAAGAUAAAACUGACUUAAGUACUGCUUUUAGAAUUCGCUUUACCACUCACUAUUUUGUUCAGGACAAUCAGCGGGGAAAUUACUUUCGCUCAGCCAUAACAAAAUCACUCCCUAGAACGACAAAACCCCAUUUUUUCGAGUACUUUGCUGGGACAAACUAUCACAAAAAAGUUCGCUUUUGCCUUAAAAUGUGUUGAAUCGGCAGGCCACUCUCUUUUAAUCUAUUUCGAAUUUCAAAAUCUUUUCAUCUUUUAAACGUAGAUUUUCGUCAGAUAAUCGUAAUAGAUCCUACAUAAAAUGACAACUAAUAUUCACCAUCUGACAGCAUAGCUUAUCAUAAAAUAACCCAAAUAACUACUCCCACUGUGAAUGGUCGUUGAAAAUGAUUUGAGUACAGAUGUAUGGCAAAAUUUGGACGCCAUACAAAGAUUGUCCAAUAUCGCGUAAAGUUUCGAAAUUGUUUGCGUGCUUUUGGAUAGAGAAUGCCUUUUUAAACUUAACCAGCUGUUAACGAGCAAGAAAUUGAAAAAAAACGAGUUUCUAGUGAGUUGAAAGAUACCCAAAAAUGAACUUUAAUUUGAUAUCAAAAAGGUUUCCCUGCACUCUUUUCAAAGUAACGCUGCAACAGCCUUUGUAGAUGUGUUGUAGUUUACAAUGAUUUUAGAUUAAAGUGAUAUGCAAUAUCUUUUGUCUAAGAAUUAUGGCUACCUACUUGAAUCAAAGGAAAGAAUACUGAAGUGCUGCAAGAUAUGGAUUUCCCAUGAUUAGUUCUCUAAUCAGACUUAUGAUAACCAAUCAUGUUAGAGAUAUUUGUUCGUGUUUGGUUACGAUGAUAAAAGGUUGGACUCUGAAGGAAAUUAUCAAAUGUAGUUUUCAUUUUAAUCAUUUAGUUUUCUUUCUGCACUGAGAAACGGUGCGUAUGUAUUUUGCACAUAUAGAUUCAGUACUCCGUCCAAAAAAGAGGAAAUUUGCAGGCCACUGCACUUAUAUACGACUAAAAAAAGGUUGUAUAUUUAGCGCGGCCUGGCCAUAAAGAACAAGCUGCCAUUAUCGAAUGAGCGCCCGCCGAAGGGGCAUUACACGCGUAAAUGUGAGAAAAUUAAAUAAUGCUCUUGUUCUAACCGGGUAGUCUCUGUUUCCUGAAAAUUAUGCCAAAAAAAUUAAAAUAAAAAAAAAGCAUUAAGUCCUUUUAGGGUCUUUUUGCUUUUACCUCUCAACAGGAACUAGAAUCUCAAUGAGUGUGUGUGUAUAGGGGAGGGGGGAGGUGGGGUGAGGGAGUGAUACAGUGUUGAGCCCUAAGUGGGAGGUGUUAUUAUUGAAAGACAAAUAAUUUCUCUGAUUUAGUCACCUGCACACUAUAGCAGGGGCUAUUUACUUUUAAGCACUGAAAAGGCGCUUAUUUCAACCUCCCGUAAGUAAGACAGCCACCCUCCCGAUAUUUAGGUAAUAAACUAAAAAAAACCCUACUGAACGUUUUGUAACUCACCAGGAAAGCUCGUGGUAUCUGUCAAUGCUUCCAUCAGAUGCUCUCCAAGCCCGCGUCUUAAUAGACCUGAUGCUAGAAUUUGAGGACAGUCGAUUUGUUUGCGUCACCACAGAGAAAUCACGUGACGACGCACUGCUUUCUUAUCUCUUGCAAUACACAACGAACAUUGGUCAUCAGGCUGCUGCUCCCAGAUGUAUCAUCCUCCGUGAAAACAGCUUAUUGGAGGACCUUGGCUCGGGUUUGGCAGCCAUAAGUAGCAGCGGUGUGCGUUUAAUUGUUGUUCACUGUCAGGGAAAUGAGAGUAAUGCUAUAAUAUCUCUUGCCAACAAACUUAGUUUAAAACUUUUAAGAGGUGACGUAUAUUGGAUCUUCACUGACAAAGCUGUUACUUUCAAUGCUAAUGCUUUUCGUGAGGGUUCGUUUGGCGUACAAAUAUUUCAAAGAACCGAGAAUACAAGUAUGGCGUCGAUUUAUAAAAGGCUGCUCCAGGACUCGGUAGAGUUAUUUGUGUUGGGAUUGAAGAGCUCCCUGGAUUGGUUGACACGCUGUAAUAAACUGGAGUGUUUUCAGGGAAGGCUUUUUACCACUUUUAAAAGACAGCUCUACAGGUAACGAUCUACAUUUGUAAUAAAUUCACUGUGUUAAAAGACCUGAAAUUCUAAAUCACAAUUAUCGUAAAGAACAAAUAUUCAGGACAAGAGGCUCAGUACAUGUUAACCUGAGUGAGGUUAAGAUAACUCCCUUUCUGGCCUGGGCAUGCCAAAACGCAAUAAAAAAUGCUUGAAUUUUUUAGGAGAAAUAUAGCAACAAAAAUCUUGUCCCUUGUGCUGAGAUUGUUUCCAGAUACAACAAAGAAUGUUACAAUUAGUCUAACUAUCAUUGCUAUGGUGAGUAAACCAAAUGUUUUUCCUGAAACAAACAUCAAACAAGAAGACAAUUAAGGAAAAUUGUGAGUGCAGCGAAUGCAAGCCUAAAUUGAUCAAAACAACUAAUCAAAAUAAAGGUAAUAUCCUAACGAGCCAAUCAGAGCUCGAAGUAAAUAUACGAAACUGGCUUCAAGCGCGGAAAAACGCGGGGGAUCAAGUAUCGGCGGGUUGGGUGGUGCGUGUUUCUUAAGGCAUCUCGGCAUAAGGCGCGUUAAAUUAAGGGAGCCGAAUUUCAGGAUAACUUUAGACACUCAACCGAACAAUAUUUUAUGCCCACAAUAACGCUCUAUACAUAUAAUUUACAGGGAGAUGAUGCGUCAUAGUUUUCCUGGCCAGACGGGAUUUGUUCAAUUCGGUAACAAUGGUGAACGUACUUCCCUCAAAUUCACCAUAAUAAAGGCGUUGCGAUCACACGAUUUACAACAGGACGUGGAACAAAAUUGGCACGUGCUAGGAUUUGCCUGUCCAGAAAUGAUUCUCCACAAUAGCCCCCAUAAUUUUGAGGCCUUUCUACCGAGGGACCUUCCUAAGCCGCGCCACUUGAGAAUAGUUACUAUUAAACAUGCGCCUUUUACAGCGAUCCAUGACGUGGAUUACAGCAGUAGACUGGGCACGAGUUGUCCGGUGAACACGGUUCCUUGUAGAGAAUUUCUUGAGGAUAAUGACACUUCUUCCUUUCCGGAGAAUGAAGGUUUCUGGAAACGCAGCAAAGGACCCUCAAGAAUUCAAUGUUGCUAUGGUGUUAUGAUCGACAUUCUUAUCAAGAUUCAAGAAAUCGAAGACUUUUCAUUCGACCUUUACUUAGUCAAGGAUGGAAAAUAUGGAUCAGUGGAUCCGACCACAAAACAAAUGAACGGAAUGAUCGGGGACGUUUACCGAGGAACCGCCGAUCUUGCUCUCGGUGUUAUUACAAUUACCGAAGAACGUUCGAAGUACGUCGGUUUUACGACUCCGUACACCGACACGGCGCUAAUGUUCUUUGUGAGGCGGUUUGAAGCGAAUAACAAAACUUUUGCACAAAUCAUAAGUGACAUGAGAUUGUUGAAAUCCUUCAGUACGGAACUGUGGCUUAUGUGUUUGAUUGCAUUCUUUGCGGUUGCAGUUACGAGUUGGGUCUUUGAAAAAUUAUAUUACUAUAGGAAUCAUAAGAGCGCUUAUCUUUUACCCUUCGAAUUCAUAGCGUACGUUUAUGGGAAUAUUUUUCAUGUACCCCUCACCAAAAUUCAGGCCAAAACUUACGCAGUUCCGAGCGUGAUGGUGGUGGCAAACUUUGCAGCCCUCGUUCUUGUCAGCUCGUACACCGCCAAUUUGCUGGCUUCUCUUAUCACUGUGGAGGAAACAAAUAUUGUGUCAGGCAUUGCAGACGAAAAGGUUAGUGAAUAAGAUGUAAGCGGAGGGAAAGGAUUCUACGGUACAAGGCAUUGGAUCUCUUAGUAAAAAAAAUAAUUAUCUAUAAAAUGAAACAAGACGUCACUUAGGUGCCAACGUAGAACCAGCUAACUACAAAUUUAUGCCAGUCCCUUCCACUCUUUCAUUGGAGCUGAAUCCAAAUGACAGUUGUUUUUUUCUACACAAUCGCUUUCUGCGGAGUGGCUAUUAAUUAAAAGCGUAAUAGGAAAGGAUCGGAGUAGUUGCUCUCCAUCCAUGACUCUUGAAGUGCCUGCCUUAAGCAACAGGUAAGAACCCGGCUGAGUUUUUAGGUGACCGUAAACUUUUACAGUACAGUUUUUAUCUUUUAUAUUCACCUUUUCACUUUGCACAGUUCGUAGAUCCUCCGACAGGGUUCGUAUUUGCAACAAUCAAAGACACAAGUACAGAGGACUUCUUUAAGAAGAGUCGGAGUGCCAGGUUGAGAAAGAUCUAUGAAAACAUGAAAGACCACAACGUGGAAACGUUCUCCGAUGGAAUGAAAAAACUCCGAUCAGGGUGAGUGCUCCAAACAAACUUUGUGGCCUUGUAGAUGGUAAUUUCUGAGGGGUAAUUCCUGACAGUCUCCCUGCGCGCGCACGCCACAUUAAGGAGGUUUAGUACCUGUACCAAUCUAAAUUUAGAUUUGGAUUUGGUGCGAACGCUUAGAAUUUCAGUGUGAGUUUUGCCUUUGAUUUCUCUAUCACUACAAAGGUCUUCCAAACCUGGGAAGAAUUAGAGGGAAUGGUUUAAGCUAAAGCAAUUAAAUACCGGUUGUGCAAGCAACUUUUCAUGUAACCAGCGCCUUUACAAUGGAGUCAUUGUCAUCAACUGAUGUCUCUACGAAGCUUGCUUUAUUGUCUAUGAGAAGUAAAAGAAAGAAAAUAGAAAAUUAACCUGAUUGUUACUUUGGUUUGCUGCAGAAACAAGCAACGAUGUUUCAGGGGAAACACCUGACCUAAAAAAUAAAGCGCGCAUUCAAAAGUAAACAUACGAGAAGAAAGAUCAUGAAUUUUCAGCACGGUACAAUUUAUGACCUUCUUGCGAAAAACUUCUCUAUAGCCCAGUUGGUAGAGCAUUCGACUGCAAAACUAUCACUGUUUCGAAUCUUCACGGAAAGGUCAGAGCUAAUUUGUUCGACACAAUCUAAAAAGCUGUCGAACAUUUUUAUUCAAAUCUGGAGAAAGAUAUCAAUGACAUGACUUUUUCUUCUUUCAGAGAGCUAACAGUCUUCAUAUCCGAAACAGGCGCUGAAGACGAUCCGAAUUGUGAGAUCAAAGAGAAUGGUGUGCCUUUUGGAUUAUCUGGCCUCGCCUUCGCAUUGCAAAGGAACUCUUCGUGGACUCAUCAAAUUUCCCACGCGAUUCACAAACUCAACGCGCAUGACACAAUACCGCAAAUAUUUCAGAAAUGGACGACGUCUCGAUGCAAAGUUUCGCAGCAAACUGUGGUCGCCCGUCCGAUGGGUCUUGGCGAGUUUGGAGGAUUCUUUUUCAACACUGCUAUGAUUUGUUGUGGAUGCUUUCUCCUCAUGUUGGCCGAAAUUGUCGUUUAUCGCAAAAUAAGUAGAACUAGGAGCAGUUUUAGUCCACAACAGAAUGGAAUAACACAAAAUAUUCUGGCACUACCCGACAGUUAGUCGAUGACUCGUAUUCUAAAUAAUUAAAUUAUGAAAUUAAUGCUAUCGUUUUUUUUACGGGUAGGCCUUAAUUUGUAUAGAUAAAGAAAUAAUAAAAAAUUAUAUUUUCAAAUUUUAAGGAUAAUUUGUAUGGAAUCAAAGCUGGUCUUGAUUGGAAGCUCUAACCUAAAAGCUUUGUUUAUAUAACCUCUGUUAUUGCAGAGCUCAAAGUUAGAGCACUCAGUUUUCGAGAUUCUCAUUAAAAACGGAACUGUGCCCGGACGUAAAUGUGAAUAUCUAAAUUGGCCGACGAAAGUGAGUCCCUUGAAAAAACUUUGGUUGGUAACUGUCACUGUAAUCCGAACGAAAGAAAAGUCGAACUUUAAAUCAACCGAUCGACCGGCCAACCGACCAACCGACGACCAACGGAACGAAAGAGGGACCGAUCCCACGACCGACCGACCGACCGACCGACCGACCGCCUCUCCGACCGCACGACCACCAACCGACUGAUCUAACCGAACGAUCCACACAUCAACCGAGCUCGAGCUCAUUAUUUUAAAAAUCGAUGUUGGUUAGCGAUGAGUUCCUUUGUUGUCUCAUUUUUUAAAAUUAAUUCACAAAUUAGAGGUGGUUAGAUGAGAGUGCUUCCAAGGAUACUUGUUAAAAUGUGUCCCAUCUUUUUAAAAUAUCAAAGAGAUGCCUUGACAAAACCUGAAUGGUGUAAUUGUAAUCAACCAGUGCAUUUGUUCAUAUAACGUGUUCGCCACCAAUGGGUACAGGGUCGUAAAAGAAAAGGUCUCGCUUAAUUAAUUGAGUUAAGAUACAGUUGCAAAUAUUCAUCGAGCAUAUAUAAUUAACUCCCUGUUAAGAAAAUUAACGAUCAUUCUAUUUUUUUUUUUUUUUUACCCCGAGAUUUUCUCACUCGCGAUUGAUUGAAUUCAAAGUUCAAAAUUGCCUUCAUAAUGCUUUCCUCGAAGUCAAGGAGGCACCCUAAGCCACACAAAAGGUCAAGUUUACUUCAAUAGCAAAAGGCAGUAACUGAGUUAUGAUAUAAAAAAAUACUAAAAAAAAAGCAUUUCCUUGAUGCUCCACGCCUAAUGCGCAAUUUGCAAACCUAAGCAACAGGUAGAAAAGUCAUUGUUUGUUCACCCGUUCGAAUCGCGUCAGGUUAAGAAAAAAACCUUGACCUUUCAUUUCAAUUUAACAGGUAGUUUAGAACGCAACACAAAUUUCGAUUUUGGAAUCAGAGUUCGCCCUUAUUGACGGAGGUGCGCGCGGCAAGAGAUGAUUUUUUCGGCAAUCAAGAAAAUACAUUUGUAGUGAAGAACUUUUGAAGACACGAAACGCGGAAUUUAAGAAAAUGGUUUAUCUGCGGGUUCACUUCUCCUGUGUUUAGUACUUGUUUACCAGCUCACGGUGAUCGCCUUACCAGGUAAGGAAACGUGGACUUGUUCCGUGGUUUUAAUGAUAAAAAUAUUCAACUUCCCUCUAAAAAGAUAUAACGAAUUAUCCCAGGAAUUGAUUCCGAAAUUGUGAUGGAGCGGCCCGCUUACGAUGAAAUCAUUUUGUCCGGCAACGACUACUUGAAUUUUGAAACCACUCCAAACUGUUCAAACCAGACAAUAUCGAACUAAGACGGAUGAUGUUUUGUUUUUCAUUCUUAAUGCGCGGGUAAACCUAAAUAAACAAAUUUUAAUACGAAACCAGGGUUCAUAUGUCGCAAGUCAUCGAGUGUUGAAUGCAAACAAAUUCAUAAGCUCAUUGGGUUUGAGAUUAUGGAACAGUACGGUGAGCGCACAAAUUUCCUCGCUGGUUUCGAUUCGUAAUCGCUUAAAACAAUUCAAAGAGGUAUCUCUGUAUCUCGCUAUUUGCGAAUUCUACUUUGAAAACAAAAUUUUCAAAAUACUAUUUUCAUGAAAAAAGAAAAAAUUGAGGAUUUAAAACCAGUUUCCAACUGAACACUUCAAUCUUCGCCCGUUAACCGUGAAUGCGCUCAGGAUAUAUAAUGUUACAAAGAAUACUCAAGUUAUCCACCUCUUCAUUUUUUGUUAAGAAAGCAUGGAACUUUCUUUUCUAAACUUAGGAAAUAUGUUUGUUUAUAAAUGUCAGGGAUCAUGUCACAUCAGAGGCGUUAAUAAACACGCCUUACAAAACAAAGGAUGGAAAAGAGGAUGAAUAUUUGAUACCGUUCAUGUGAGCGUCUGGUUCUUGUUGAAAAGUGAAAAGCACUGUCAAUUGAUCAUUAAAUGGUGAACGAAAUCUAAAAUUCAUCUUAAAAUAUCUAUGAUCCUCUUAAAGAGAGAGAUCAUGGUGCCAAAAGGUAAGUUAUGAAAAUUUCAAGUCAUUACAACUCAAGUAAUGGCGAAAGGAUUAUCUGAAAUCGUUCUAAUUUAAGUUGUCAUGACUAAAGGAUAAUGGACAGAUGCAUCCCCUCCCAAACCAUUUUGUAUCAGAUUCAGUAAGCAUUCGCUUUUCGCGGCUGAAACCACAUAUGACUAAUUGACAAUCUGUGAGUAGAUUACCAUACAAAGGGUGUUAAGUUUGGUGUUAGUAAAAAUUUCCUGUGAUACAUGAGACUUGGGAGUUUUGACCUUCGGCUGCCACUUUGGUAAAAAGGGCAAAUAUUACAUUAACUAAAAAAUUUUCAUUGAUAGAGAGGUAGCUCGCAGAACGGUCGUUUUAUUAUGCGCUUUUAGGCUUCGGGAACCAACGCGAAACGAGCGCGUAACGUGCGCGAGAGUCGAAUCUCGUUCCACUUCUUACACGUGACUCGCGCUUCACGCUGAUCUCCCCACAAUGCGUCUGCUCUCCUUCUUAAAGCUAAACGUACCGUCUAUUAUGCAGGUUAUAUUAUGGUGGAACUGCUGUUACUCGCUCAGUUACUUUAAAUAAUUUCUUCAGCCAGCAGAAAUUUCACAGUGGUAAAGUUGUUCCCACCCUCCAGUCAACAAAAUGACGCCGGGAUUGGCCCAGUGCCCCAGGAAGCUGGUAAAGGAAUCAUGGCGAAUCAGAGGUCCGCCUUCCUCGGCAAUAGAGCCGACUCGUUCCGUUUCCAUAGACCUGGGUUCGAGCAUGUUCCUGGAAGUGUGUCGUUAGAGUCGGCAGCUAAUCCGGGACAUUACCUUCGCUACAAGAAUUACAAGUUUCAUUUGGAAAGAAAUAAGCCCACUGGAGUGUUUGGUAAGGUGAAGUAAAUGUUCUUAGCGGAUAAUCCCAGUUGAAAGAGCCUUCAUGCAAAGCUCAGUUCCAUCCGCAAGAACUUGUUUUACCUUCCAUUUGCUCUAACAAAGGGCUACCGCUCCAACAUCUUGAGUUAACAAGUCAACAAAUUGUCUUGUAAUAUCUCCCAACGACGUAGUAUCGCAAUUUUGUUCAGAAACUUACCCCGUUUUCUCAGGUAGAAUUUCAUUUCUCGCCUUAUUCUUAUGGUGCAAUUUCCAUGGAUUUCCCAAGUCCUUGCCAAGGUACAUAAUUUCCAAACAACAUCAUGGGACAAAAUGCUUAACUUUCAUACCCCUCGCCCUGUAACAUCUCACAUCAAGAGGAGAGGUUCAUUCCCUCCUUCAUCCUUUUCUUAUUCAAGAAAAGAAAUAAAAUACAGUACUUUUAACAAAUGGCUGAUUUAUGUUAUUCAAUCUUCAGAGAAAGACGCGACGUUUAUCGAAAGAAAAACUCAAACCAAAGGCGCGGCUGCUUAUGAACUGUUUAACCACCCUGGGUGGUUUAUGUGUCAUGACACCAGCAGUAAAUUUGGUCUGGUCGCCAAGAACGUUGACAUCGGAAGCCACGAAUUUCUUUUGAGCUGUCUUUACAUGGCAGUAGCUCAAAAACCGACAAAAAAGGACCUAAAGGAAAGGUUAAAACUCUCCCCAACCAAGAAAGAAAGCGCAGAGGCGAGAGCAAAUGUUCGAAACGUUUCUGGUAUCAUUUCAAACGACGAUUCUGUGGAGAAUUUAGGGAAAGACACUCCCCAGAAUGAAAGUGGAGGCUCUCUUGCCAAAAAAGUUUCGUUUAUGGGCAGUAAAAUUAAUAAAACUGACAACGGUCAGCUUUCAAACAAGACGAAUUCUGGUAAAAAUAACGACGCACCUUUAAAAUUGUCGUCCAACGUAACUGCUGAUAAAAACGGAAGCUUUGAGCUGACAUUUGACGAUGACUCGGAUACUGUGAAUUCUACAAAGCAAGCGAACGAAACAGGACUCUUGCAUGGCUUGAAAAGUGCAGAUGUCACUCUUGAAUUGCAGGUCACGAAUGGCACACAAAAGCCGCAAAUGGAUUUGCAGAAGGACAAACAAGAAAUUGUCGUCACAGACACUGGAAAUGGGCUCUCAGGAAAUGACCAGAACAAACUUGAAGCUUCAACCACGAACAAAUUAAAGAGCAACCCAACCCUUAAUAACGGUCUUGGCAAAGGUUCCUCUUCAAUAACAGCAAAAAUAAAUCCGCUGGUCAGAGGGAACACCGUCACAGUAAAUAAAAAUCAAUCUGGAAAGAUUCAAUCUUUCGCACAAACGAAAGCAAAUCUGCAGCUGCAAGGGAGUGCUAUCAUACUAAACAAAGAGACCUCAGGGAAAAAGGUACCGUUUGCUCAACCAAAAAUAAAUCCGCUGAUUAAAGGGAAUGCACUCACACUUAACAAAAAUCCAACGGGGCAACUGCAAUCGUUCGCGCCAAAGCAAGCUGCAAAUCAACUUAACCCGUAUGGAAAACAACAGUUUACCUUUAAUUUCGAGUUUCCAAAUGACGGUAAAACAACCCCAAAUACCCUGCCUGAUCAGCUAGCAAAGAUAACCGCGAAGGCACUAGGCUUCAUCCAUAGUGCAUACAGGAACCAGCAAUCACAAAAAAUACACAGCCCGGCUCAGCCGUUUACAAAAUUAGGGCCUGUGUUUCGCCAACAACAACCACUGCAACAACAACAGCUAAAACAACAACAACAGAAACAGUUUCAGAGGCCUUUAAAUUACUUCAGUCAACAAGCACCCUCACAAGAAAUUUUGCGCGCAACUCCUCAUUUCAUCGGUGCACCUCCGCUUGUUUCGCCAGUAAGGCCGCUGGGAAAGCCGUUGGCAUUUAAGGCUCCGAAUGUACAGUUUCCAUAUCAGCAGUUGAAUCAACCAGGUCUACAACGAGUGCCUAACAGCUAUCACAUUCCGGGGAAAACUUGGGGAGGAUUGAUUUCGGUUGGAAAACAGAGUUUAAUGGGAAACAGCGCUAAUUUCCAUAAUUACAUUCAAAACGGUGUCAGCCAGCAGGAGAAAAGCAGAGCCAAACUUGACGACGAGCCGAACAAAACCUCGGAAAAUGGUGAGAUCGCUUUGUUUAAGAUUGGUCAGAUAUUUGAACAGCGUGACAUGCGCAAACUGCUACGUGGACUUGGUAGCGGGUGGCGCGCAUGAUUAUCGCGUGUAAGAGAAUCAGCGUUUUUUUUUAAAGAGAGUUGUAUUUUCAGCAUUUUGGGGUGCAAGUUAAUUUUACCUCGCUACCGUUCUGGUGGUUUGUUUUUUCCUGAAUGCCUUUUUUUUUUCAACCACCUUUAACAACAAUAUUGGUAACAUCAGAAUAGAAGAAUGUUGUACGCGUCACGCCACACCAGCUUUGACCAAUAGAGGGGUUUAUAAUUCAGGAGUGCUCUAAUUCCCUCGGCGUCUAGGCUAAAUAAGAAUAUUGCGCAUAAAUACAUACUGCUCUGUUCAUAAAAGUGAUUUUCCUUCUCCCUCAGACAAGUGUAUCAGUCUUAAGUUCAUCAACAAAGUUCGCAGACCAAUCACAUUGGUGUCCAGUAUGAAAUUAGAAGGUUACCUAAUUACUGCCGAGACGUUCAAACUCAAGACUAUCUUCAAACAUCCACGGAAACAUCAUCACGUGAUUUUCUACGCGCGUGACUCAGACGACAGAGAUAAUGAGGUGUUACUUAACAAUAAUAACGCAAUCGCCGUCACGCCAGGAGGAUGCGAUAUGCCGUUCAGGAGUGUAGUGAUGUCACACCAUGGACAGAUAGGAAAUAAAGGUAAACAAGAGAAGAAUUUUCUCAAUGAGGGAAGAGGUUCUGUUGGUAAAAAUAAAUGAUCUUGUGGCCUCAAGGAAAAUUAAGUUAAAAAUUGAGAUUUUUAAGAGGGAUAAUUUAAACAAAUUUUCCACGAGCGUGGGGUAAAGAACAAAACUGAGUUACCCAGUGAAUAUUCGAGCCCCAUAUCUUCAUAUUUGGCAGUCGGAGGCAUAAACAUUACAUUAUAAAGCUUGAGAGAACGCGUUCUUAUGCUAUGCCAUACUACUAUGAUCUUUAGCCACAGGUAAAGUUAUUCUAUUUUGGCAAGUUUAACACUUCGUUUAGUUUAAAACAAUGGUAAGGGUUGUGUCAGUGACAUUUUGUUAGGACAAAAACAUAGCAGUUGAAACGUUAGACUCGAUUAUGGGCCGCUGCUUUAGAUAUGAUCAACUCCUCGAGGAAACGACUGGCUGUUCUUUGUCCGAGAGAAUAGAAGACCGGCAAGAAGAAAACGGUAGCAAUCAAGCCUUUAAAUGGCGAAUUCACCUUUUUAACAGCUACGUGUAGAGGUGGAGUGAUUUAGAUCUCACGGUCACCAAUAUUACUUCAGAGAAUUCAAACGUUUUUUAAUUUUUUUUUCAGAAAUUGAGCACCUCCGCGAAAACGACGAAUACAAAUCGUCCAUGGAAGCAGCCAAAAAGGCUGUGCUUGGAAAAGGAGACGAAAACUUUACCCAGUGGACCCCAUUUGGGCCCUGUGGAGCCACUUGCGGAAAGAGCUUACAGACGAGGACACGCACGUGUAAGCCAGGAAAGGUUUGCAAGGGACAAAGUCUCGAGAGUAGGACUUGUAUACAGACACCUUGUCCAGGUAUGUAAACGAUGAUACAGCAGAAGUACAGUCACGUGGGCAUAUACCAUGAGUGAUAAGUAAAGUAAUUUGGAGGAUUCACGUCCCCUUUUCCUACUCUGGUGGUGAGAAUUUUGUUGUGUCUUUGUAAUAAUACGCCGAAUAGUUGCUCUUUUUGAUUUUUCUAAGAGAAAAAUGUCGCCGAUUUCGAAGGUAAAGAUUCAAUAAGACUGAGAAACCGAUCUAAACCAAUAGCUAGAGGCUUCGAAGCUGACAUAGGAAAUGAAAGUUCUGCGGCCAGGAUUUACAAAGCAGUUUAUCUUUUGAACCCGGAGAAAACACACUGCUUGAUGAUCUGUAGGGUAGCAGAAGAGGGGGGGAUAGGGAUUCGAAACGCUAAAUCUGCCCAUCCCUUCUCCACAACUCUGUAUUUACCUCACCUAUUGUCACAUUUCAGUGUCUACAUGUCUCAAAACGUACAGUGGCAAAUGCUGUGCCCUUCCUUUCGUGUUCCGCGGCGCGGUAGUGAACCACUGUAUAGCUGAUCCGCAGACUCAUCGUCCCUGGUGUGCCACCACGCCCAACUACGAUAAAGAGAAACGGUGGGGCUACUGCCAACCAUCAGGUAAGGUAAUUGUGACGCGCGUACACCAUCCAUGACGCUUAAGUGUGACACGUUGAUACUCUUAAAGCACUGAAGAGUGACUUAAAACUCUUGAGCGCAAUAAAAGAAUGGAUGUUAGUCAUACGGCAGUUAAUCCUCUAACUCUCAAGAUCUGAUUGUUAGUUCUCCGCUCUAGCUGCUAGUUAUUUCUUUGUAAGUAAGUAAUCUAAAAUUUUGCAGUUUUCAUGCAAAGAAACCGCUUGACUUAGCUCAAGGUAUCGACGGUGAUUGAUUGUCUUUCAAAGACGCACACCGAGAAUCUUGGGAUUUCUGGUAGUUUCAUCAUACAAAUAACUACACAGUGAUCCAAAUAUAACAUUUGACAACUUCGCUGGUCUUUAUCAGUGAAAGAUUACUCGUUCAACCACAAAUAGAACGACGAUGCACGGCAAAAAACUGGCAACACGGAUUUUUUUUUUAUGGCUAUCUAAUUAGCUAACUUAACUCUGAGAAGUUAAACGUACAUUACUACUGCAAUACUUUUGAAGAAAAACCUAAAUCUUAUCUCAAGGAAAUGGAAAUAAUAAAACAAAAUGCUAAAAAGCGAUUGGAAGAAGGCUGAAUGACUGCUAGAUGGAGAAAACUAUUUAGCAAACGCUAAUUUAUAAAUUGAACUUGAUUUAGGUCCACGCACCGAAAAAGUAGCACCGGUAUUAAGAAGCUUUCUUCCAAAUUCUCCUGGCCAGUCCAAAUGCCCCGCUACCUGCACCAAAAUCUGUAUGGGUUGGUGUCCACAGAGAUGCUGUAAUGCUGUUGCUCAGGGAUAGAGUAACGAGGACCUGCUGAAGUGAACGAACUCCACUGACAUAGCUCAGAGAUUCACACAGAGCUGUUUUAUGCACAAUCUCAUUAAAACAAGAAAUGGAAGCUACAGAUAUUUCGUCUUGCGUGCAAAGUAUAUGAUAUAACUGAGUCAAAUGAAUGGUAUCUACAGGAUAGCUUUUCUCUUUGAUUCAAAAGGGGGUAGUUCACAUGCAGUUUAUUAAGUUAACUGAACCAGUAAGAAGAAAGUUCCACUGCAUUUUCUGACGCUGCGCACAAGUUGGAUAUUCUUGUCUUGACUUCCACUUAGUUCGUUAUAUUAUAAGCAUAUUGUGCAUGGUGAUUAGCCGGAUGCUAUCAAUAGGGGUUCAAAUAUUUUCGGAAGUAUA